UUCUUCCAUUGCCCAGAAUCGAAUUUUGAGAUCUCCUCCGAUCGGAUUUUGAGAUCUCCGACACUUUCUCGCUGGUUCGCCGAUCGUCUUCUUCAAUUGCGUCUCUCUUCUUCAACCGUAUAUCUUAAUAAUUUGAGGCAUGGAUGAGGUUGUUGUUGAAGUAGAGAAGACGAAGAGAGAAUGGGAAGACGCGUACGAGAAGACGAUUGAACAUAUCAUGGCGAUUCAAGAGUAUGGCAAAUCAAGGAGAGGAGGAGAAGGAGGAGAGGAGAAGGAGAUGUCGCUACAGAGGCGCAACGGAUUGGCUCAGGAUGCUCUCUCUCUUCUCAAUUCUUUGCAAUUCAACUUGGAUCUCCUCGCGCCUCAGCUUCCUUCUGAUGAUCAGGUUCAAUCCACUCUGUCGCUGCUUGAAACCUGGAAGAAUCAAUAUCACAGUUUGAGGGUAAACCUGAGAAGUGCUAAUUUACAAGCUAAGGAUAACAUGAGGAAAGCAGCUCAAGAAGAGAGAGAGCUUCUCCUCGGUGGUGGAACAGAGUCCACAGUUCUCAGACGUAAACGACAAGCAAAUGCUGGCGUGACGUCGAAUGCUGAAAGCGUAACUGAAAGUCUCAGGCGUACACGGCAGCUGAUGGUUCAGGAGGUUGAAAGAAGUACAAACACUCUCGUGGCUUUUGAUGAAUCUACUGGAGUACUUAAAAAAGCCGAGAGUGAAUACAAAGGGCAUAAGUCUCUGUUGUCGAGGACCCGUAAUCUGCUUUCGACAAUGCAGCGUCAAGAUGUAAUUGACAGGAUAAUCCUGAUAGUUGGAUUUUCUCUCUUUGUCAUUGCUGUGGUUUACGUUGUUUCAAAACGCAUCGGAAUUCUGAAACUGCAACGAAUGGCUACUGCUGCUAUUAAAGCUCAAUUAGCUGGAAGAGCAGCAAAUGGUGUAGGAGAUGAUGCCAUGCCUCUCGGACAACAGUUUGAUGGCAAUACAGUUCCUACUGUUAAUAUUCCUCCACAACAACGCAUGCAUGAUGAACUCUAAAUCUAAGUAUAUAUGCUUGUAACAUUGUUCAUGAAUCUACCUAUAUAUUAUUUUAGAAUUACAUUUCUGAGAACAACAAAGGUUAUCUUAUACGAUAAA